AUGGAGCGCUCCCAGCGACGCACGAGGAAGCGACAACUCAAGAACAUGAGCCUGUUCAGUCUGCUCAUGUCCCUCGCUGUGCUGCCCAGCGCCGUCUCCGCUUAUCACCCUCUAUACUCCGGGUCGCGACAGUCACCCUUAUUCAUCCCUCCACAAAUCCCGUUGGCCGGCACGCCUCCUCCUCCUCCUCCUCCUCCUCCUCCUGCUGGAGAUCAUGAGUUUACCCUUCGCCACAUCGUCCAGCGAGGGGCUUACGAGUAUCCCGAACUUCAUAGGAGGCUUGACAUUCAACCACAUACACAACUUCGAGCUGUCUCAGAAGAUGGCAUUGAAGAAUCCGAACCCGCUGUUCUUAACGUCCCAUUCAUCGCUUCCUCCGAACCGGUUACUAUCGAACGUUUAGCUGACCGACGCCUUUCGGUGAUCGAGGGACACUUGGCCGCCGCAAGAGACAGUGGAUCAGCAGCUACCCUAUCAUCAUCGGAAUGGACUAUGGACACUAUAGCCGGGCCUAAUGUUACGGAUAGGCAGACGGUCCUAACCUUGGCCAAGAUGACAGCAAAUGACUACAUCGAGGUUCCAGGGACCGAGGACUGGCAGGAUAUACAUGGUAGACUCAAUUACUCCACAAGCUUUGGGUGGCAGAACGAUGGGCUGCGAGGUCACAUAUAUGCCGAUAAGACGAACAGCACGAUCGUCAUAUCGCUCAAGGGAACAUCUCCCGCUCUUUUCGAUGGGGCGGGGACGACUACGAAUGAUAAGGUGAACGAUAAUCUCUUCUUCAGCUGCUGCUGUGGACAGGGCGGUUCCUAUCUAUGGCGGCAGGUUUGCGAUUGCCAGGAGUCCGCCUUCAACGCCAACUUGACCUGCAUCGUCGAAGCUAUGAAUGAUGAGAACCGUUACUAUCGUGCUUCAAUCGACUUGUACACUAACGUCACCGAGCUGUACCCCAACGCGAACGUCUGGCUGACAGGCCAUUCAUUGGGUGGCGCUAUGGCUAGCCUAUUGGGAUUGACAUUUGGCAUACCUGUUGUCACUUUUGAGGCCGUUCCUGAAGCUCUGCCUGCCGCCCGUCUAGGUCUCCCGGUCCCUCCAGGGAACGACCCAAGACUGCCGCAGACACGGAAGUUUACCGGUUCAUACCACUUUGGACAUACUGCAGAUCCCGUCUACAUGGGAACUUGCAACGGAGUCAGUUCAGUGUGCACCUGGGGCGGCUAUGCCAUGGAGUCUGCCUGCCAUACCGGCCAGAUAUGUGUUUACGACACAGUCGGAGACAAGGGCUGGCGUGUCGCAAUCGGUACUCAUCGUAUCAAGGCGGUUAUCUCAGAUGUACUGGAGGUAUACGACGAUGUUCCACGUUGUACGCCAGAAGAAGAGUGCUACGAUUGCGAGCUUUGGAAGUUUUUCAAGAGUAACGGGUCCGAAAGCACUACUACCACAAGCUCUACUACAUCAACUACAACCACGUUCACCUCAACCAGGACAACAACCUGCAAAACUCCUGGUUGGUGGGGCUGUCUGGACGAGACUACAACGACCUCCGAAACGACAACUACCACGACGACAACGUCGACGUGCAAAACCCCUGGUUGGUUUGGGUGCAAAGAUCCUACAUCGGCCACAACGACUACUGAAGCCCCUACAACAACCACGACCUGCAAGGACCCAGGCUGGUUUGGCUGCCGCGACCCCCCGUCAACGACCACUCCUCCAGCCUCCGCACCGCAGACGUCUACAUGUGAUGAUCCGGGGUACUUCUGGGGUUGUUGGGACACCCCAACCGCGGCUAGACACGUCAUAACGCCGCCGCCAACCCUUCCUCACUAA